AAACAUUAACUUGAAACGCCUGGCACAAAAGGUUUUUUAAGGGGGAAAGAGGAAAGAAAGAAAGAUUUCUUGUCGUUUUUGUCUCGAUGAGCGCGAAUAAUGGUGUAGAAGUUAUCAUAAAGCUCGGAGGUAGUGCUAUUACGUAUAAAAAUGAAUUGGAAAAGGAAAACUUGGUGGCUUUUGCGAAAGCUGCGAGGAUUGCUGCUGGUUUGAAGGGAACUUGCAUCAUAGUUCACGGAGCAGGGUCUUUUGGCCAUUUCCAAGCACAUGAAUAUGGAGUUGCCAAAGGAUUUGGUUGUGAUGUAGAUCAUACAAGAAUAGGGUUUGCAAUGACAAGAUUGUCUGUAACAAAGCUCAAUCACAAAGUUACUGAAUUCUUUGUCAGUCAAGGCAUACCAGCUAUUGGUCUCUCUCCAUGUGGGACCUGGUUAACCUCGUCAGGUCACGUGACAACAGCAGUUGUUGAUAAUCUGGCCAAACUGGUUUUUGCUGGUUUUGUACCUGUUUUGCAUGGAGAUUGUGUCCUUGAUACUGAUCAAGGCUGUGCAAUACUUAGUGGUGAUAAGAUUAUUGAGAGACUUGUUCAAGAACUGCAGCCAAAGAGGGUAGUGUUCCUGACAGAUGUGAAAGGCAUUUAUGACAGACCACCAGAAGAACAAGGUGCAGUUUUACUUCAACAAAUCAAUGUAACCAAAGAUGGCGACAUUUCAGUUCCCAUAGCAACAAACAUACUCGGCCAUGACGUCACAGAUGGAGUGAAGGGAAAACUGAAGUCUAUUAGUAAUAUCGUAAUAAGCUCUAAUGGGCUUACCAAAGUAUUUGUAGCGAAUAUACUAUCAGACUCGGCUUACAGGACAUGCAUAGAGGGUUGUACCUCACAGGGGGAGGGGACAGAGAUCAAAUUGGCAGUGGAGUAGACGGUGGGGGGGAGGGGGCAGGGGUGGAAGAAUUUGCUUUUGAUUUGUAUGCGGUUUUCUUCCAAUUAUGUGCGCUUUUCUGAGGUUAGAGUCAAAAAAUAUUGUCCUUAUGUUGUAUCCCAACGAGGACCAAUUAUGCAUGAGCAAAGCUUCAAUCUAAGGAACUAAGCCAAAAGAUCGAAUUGGAAUUUAGUAAAUUUAGAAAUUAGUUUUGUAGAAGGAAGAAAACAGCGGAAUACCUGGAAAGAAUCCUUGAAAAACAUGAGGGAACCAACAAGCAACUGUACUGUCAUAGAUGAAGGGUGUUAGAAUCGAACCAUAGUACGUGGUGACGCAUUAGAGGCGCGCCCUAUCUCAGGAAGUCUGCUUCUUAGAUUGACUGUCUUCUGUCUGUCUGUCGUUCAUCUUUGUGCGCGUAGUUUGUGCAGUCCCUAGUUUGUCUGUCUGUCGUGCAUCUUCACCUUGUGUAGUUUGUGCAGUCCCUAAUUUGUCCGUCUGUCGUGCAUCUUCGCCUUGUGUAGUUUGUGCGGUCCCUAGUUUGUCUGCCUGUCUUUGCGUCUUCGUGUUGUUAGUUUGUGCGGUCCCUAGUUUGUCUGCCUGUCUUUG